AUGGACAAAUCUACCUGGGUCACCAACCACACUAGACAGUUGGAUUUCAUCCUUAUGGGGCUCUUCAGUCAAUCCAAGCAUCCAGCUUUCCUUUGUGUGGUCAUUUUUGUGAUUUUCCUGAUGGCCUUAUCUGGAAAUAGCAUCCUGAUCCUUCUGAUAUAUUCUGAUGCCCACCUCCACACCCCCAUGUACUAUUUCAUCAGCCAGUUGUCUCUCAUGGAUGUGAUGUACAUUUCUGUCACUGUGCCCAAAAUGCUCAUGGACCAGGUCAUGGGUGUGAAUAAGAUCUCAGCCCCUGAAUGUGGAAUGCAAAUGUUUUUCUAUGUGACACUUGGAGGUUCAGAAUAUUUCCUUUUGGCUACCAUGGCCUAUGAUCGGUAUGUGGCCAUCUGUCAUCCACUCCAUUAUUCUACUCUCAUGAGCCAUAAGACCUGCCUGCUCCUGGUGGCUGCCUCCUGGCUGGGAGGGUCACUCAACGCCUCCAUCCAGACUGCACUGACCCUGCAGUUCCCCUACUGCGGCUCACGGAAGAUUGCACACUUCUUCUGUGAGGUGCCUUCACUGUUGAGGUUGGCCUGUGCUGACACAGCCGCCUAUGAGCGGGUGCUCUUUGUGACGGGUGUGGUGGUCCUCCUGGUGCCCAUUGCCUUCAUCACCACCUCCUAUGCCUUAAUCCUGGCAGCUGUGCUCCGGAUGCACUCUGUGGAGGGGCGUAAGAAGGCCCUAGCCACCUGCUCCUCCCACUUGGCAGUCGUCAACCUCUUCUACGGGCCCCUUGUCUACACUUACAUGUUACCUGCAUCCUACCACUCUCCUGGCCAGGAUGAUGUAGUAUCCAUCUUCUAUACGGUCCUCACACCCAUGUUGAAUCCUGUCAUCUACAGCCUCAGGAACAAAGAAGUAACAGGAGCAAUGAAGAAGGUCAUAGGGAAGUGUGGGGUAGGUAGGACUGUUUAA